ACUUCUUGCCAAUUGGGAAUCUACACCUUUCCCUUUGAUAUCCAAAACUGCUCGUUGACCUUCGGAUCAUAUAUACACUUUGCUACGGAUAUUCAGAUGAUUCAAGGCGCCACAGCUGAAAAGGUCCUGAAAGAGUCCCAAGAUGUGAUAGUAACCAGUGGGGAGUGGGAGCUGACAGAUAUAAAUAUUGCCGAUUCCAGCCUGCAUUUAGACAGUGGAAGCUACUCUGAGAUCACAUACUAUAUCGUGCUAAGACGGAGACCAAUCGCCUAUGUGGUCAACCUCCUGGUCCCCAGCUGUUUCCUAAUCACAGUGGACCUCUUCAGUUUUGUGCUGCCCCCACAGAGCGUGGACAGAUCCUCCUUCAAGAUGACACUCAUCCUGGGCUACACCGUCUUCCUGCUCAUAAUGAAUGACCUGCUGCCUGUUACCGGGGAGAAAACACCGCUCAUCAAUGUUUUCUUCUCCAUCAGUCUGGCGCUGAUGGUUGCCAGCCUGUUGGAGACGCUGUUCAUCACAAACAUUCAGUACAAGCCCAGAGAGUACAGCGCAGUGCCUCACUGGCUCAGUGUCCUCGUGUUACGUUAUCUAGCUGUUCUUGUUUGUAUCCCUCCAAAGCAAAAGAGCAACCGAGUCACAGUCUCCCUCAAUCCAUCUCACAAAGCACCAUCAGCGAACACCAGCGCCACAAACCUCUCCGACCAUCAGAGCAUCUCAGAUGUUACACUUUCAGCUUCUCUGGACUCUCCGGACCCAGUUCUGGAACAACUGAGGAUGUUAGGCAGAGAGCUCACAGCCAUCCGAGUUCAGAUGGACAAAUACUGUCAAGAGACCAAAGCCACGCAGGAGUGGGAAAUGAUCGGGACAGUGAUCGAUCGUCUGCUGUUUGGCUUGUACAUCAUCUUCAUUUUUGUGAGCUUUAUCACAAUAAUAAGCAUCUGGAUAUGGAAUAAUUCAUUUGCUACAUGAUUAGAUCAAAAACUGCAUCACAUGGAUUAGUGCCAUGGCAAUCUUCACUUCACGCAUGCACUUGACCCCGUGCUGAUUCCUUAUUUGUUUGCAUAUUUGUCACACGUACAUGUUUCAGAUCAAAGGAAUUGAUGACCUGAAACAUUUUAGUGUGACAAAUACACAAACCAAGAGCAAAGAGGGCAUGAGUUAGAUUUGCUGAGAUCAGGAAUUGCAGCAUUAUUUAGUAUAAUGAAAAUAGCCCUGCUUCUGUUAUCUGCAUUUCAUUCCUGUAAUCAAAAUAGCAUCAGUUAAUGAGCUGUAAGGUAG